UGCAGGUCUGGGUGCAGGUCUGCAGGGGAGGGAGGCUCAGUCAGCCGCAGAACGCCGCCUGAGGACUACCGGAGGCUGAUCCCCCCGAGGACCGGAGGACCGGAGGACCUGAGGCUGGUCCCACUCAGUCCAGUCAGAAGUCUGCUUUCACCUGCGGGACAUUCUGAGAGCGUCUUCAGGAACGUCGGUGCUGGAGUCUUUGUCUGAUCAUCGAAUCGUCUGUGGGACGACACACGGCUCUCUGCAUGCUCCUCUUCACUUGAUCGUUUCUGGCUCUGGAUGAAGAAGGAUGGAAGGGAAAUGGCCGUGCUGCAGGUGGCGUGUGGUGCUGAUCAUCUGCACUCUGUCCGUGGUUGGUUUUGUCAUUCAAACUUUUAUCUUAAGAAAUGACACGUUCGCCCUCAACAAACAGCAUGCACUGCAUGUCCUGCAGAAGGUCUUCCACCACUGGAGUCCUCCAGGGACGCGGGAGCCAGAGAGCGGCGGUCCUCCAGGCCUCGGCCGGGAGCGGUGGAAAGCCACGCCAUCACCGGGCUGCCAGCACAAAUCACACAUCGUUUUCCUCAACACACACACGACGGACAGCAGCGCCAUCCAGAACAUCCUGUACCGCUACGGGGAGCAGAGGAACCUGACGUUCGCCCUCCCCAAGGGCAAGGACGUCAGGUUUCCCCGGCGGCAGCUUUUCCAGGCGCAGUUCGUGGAAGGAGUCGACAGCAGCAGGGUGAAGGAGUUUCACAUCAUGUGCAACCAGAUGAGGUUCAGGAAGUCUGAGGUGGCCAAAGUGAUGCCUGAAGACACUCUGUACUUUUCCAUGCUGAGACACCCGGUGCCUCUCGUGCAGUCGGCGUUCCUGUACUCCAAGGUCGUCACGAUCUUCGGCGACUCCCACGACCUGGACAUGGUCGUAGAGGACAGCCUGAGGAAUUCCACGUCUCCGGUGGACGAGAGCGGCUUCACCUUAAACAAGCUCGCCUUUGACUUCGGCUUCGACAACGUCGUUUCAGCCGGAGAUGAAGACCUGGAGCAGAGAGCCGCCGAAGUCAUCGUGGACAUAGAGAAAGACUUCCACCUUCUUCUCAUCCAUGAGUACUUCGAUGAGUCCCUCAUCCUGCUCAGACACACCCUCUGCUGGUCUCUGGAGGACGUGGCGACCUUCAGGCCCAGCCGGCGCAGCGACCAGACCCAUUACUCCGUUUCAGCUGAAACAGCGGAGGACAUCAGGCAGUGGAACGCUUUGGACUGGAAGAUCUACCAACACUUCAACGCCACCUUCUGGCACAAAGUGGAGAGUGUGGUCGGGGUGGAGCAGAUGCAGAAGGAGGUGUCCGAUCUGAGAGAGCUGCAGGCCGAGCUGACGCGCACCUGCCUCGAGGGUAAAAUGGCUCACCCGGAGGUCACCUGGCAGGGGCGAGAGGUCAGUCUGGGCUUUAACCUGAACCCAGGGCUCAACGCUGCCCUCAAAAGGAAGUGUCAAAAACUCGUAACACCAGCGCUGCAGUACACGUAUAAACUGUACGACCAGCAGUUUCCAUAGAACACUGGUUCACAGCAACGAGAACAACUCAUCGGCGUGCUGACGAUGUAGAAGCGAAGCCUGAAACCGCAGAGAUGAUCAAUUCUGUCACCUUUUAGGAUCAUAAAAUCGGUUAACAACACUGCUGUUUUUUAUUUUGACUUUACAAAGUUGGUUCUGUGGCCUCGGUGUAGAGCCUGGAGAACUUGUCAGAAGGAAUGUUUGAGGUGAACCAGAGAAAAGGCCACAGAUCAACCGUCACGUCCAGCUAAAAUGUGAAGUCCAACCAUAAUCACACUCUAAAAAGAAAUGUCUAAUUCAUUUGUUGUCAUCAGUCAAAGAUCAUUUUAAGUACUGCUUACUUAAUAAAUGCAAGAUUUUUAUGUUGAUUGCUCAAAUAAAUUGGCUGCCCACUUUUAA